AUGGAUUCCAGAAACCAACCCAUCCAACUGGUACACACAGAUGAAUCUGGGCAACUGCAACUAAAUGAAUCUGCUGUACAGACCUGUUUUCUGGAUGGAGAGAUAUCAGAUUACCCUCUGUGUCUAAUAUGUGUGAUCGGAGAGAAACGUCGGGGCAAAUCCUUCCUCAUGAACUACAUACUCAGGGCUCUGUCCUGCCAGGAGAACGGUCAUCCACUCAGUCUGGGGGAAGAUGAUGAUCCUCUCAGUGGAUUUGAGUGGAGACAUGGAGACAGCAGCACAACCAAGGGGAUCUGGAUCUGGAGCAAGCCCUUCAUUAUAGAGCGUAACAAAGAAAAGAUGGCCGUGUUUGUCCUGGAUACAGAGGGAUCCCUGGAUAUUCGAAGUCCAAGAGACAUUUGCUUGAAGUUGUCUGCCUUAUCCAUGAUCCUCAGUUCCUACCUGAUUUUCAAUGUGAACUCAAAUUUGAAAACAACAGAAAUGGACUAUCUUGAGAUGUAUCUAGAUGUUGCUCAGUAUAUUGGAAGAUCGUUUGAUCUGCUGGCCUUACAGCACCUCGAUAUCCUGAUACGUGACUGGCAGGAUUUUAAGAACUGUGGAAAAGAAGACGCCCGAGCUUAUAUAUUUCAAGAGACUGAGAAGCUGCUAAAUGGAUCUUCGUACAGAUUGGUGUCAGAGACCCUGAGAGGCCCAUUAGCAGACUGCUCGCUCCUGCCCAACCCAGGGAGAGGUCUCCUGGUUGAUAGUCAAGGGAAGUUAUCAGAUAUGGAAGAGGAUUUCAGGAAUCUUCUAACAACCUACAUAUUCACCCUGGUGGGAGACAUUUGGUUGCACAAAAAAACCAACAGACAAAGGGAAAAUGUGACGUGUGCUCAACUGGUAAAAAUAUUAAAGAGAGUUGUAAACGUUUUGCAGAGUGCACCAUACAGCUUUGCCUCCCCAUUGCAGAUGUAUCGUGCCUUUGAAAAUCAAAAAAAAAUUGAAUCAUUAAAGAAGAACUUCCGAACUUUUAAACAGUCAAUAGAAGCAGAUUCUCUAAUCACGGAACAGAAUGUGAGUCCAGCUCAAAUGGAGACCAGCAUCAGUGAUAAGGCAGACGAACUCCUACAGAGAUCUAGGCAAUUCUUUAAAGGGGAUGAUGCCCAAGAAAAAGAAAGGCUUUUAAAUGAACUGGAAUCCUACUUACUAGAAGAGCAGCAAGAGUUUUGUGAAGCCUACUCCAAGAGAUUCUUUGAUUUUAAAAAUCGGAAAAGCAUGCAGGACACUAAGAGAAGGUUCCUGAAUUUUCUAGAGCAUAAGGAACCAGAAACUCGGCAUUUCAUUUUGAACAAUUCAAGCCCUUCUACAAUACAGAGCGAGAUACUUGUGGAAGUCGAUCAAUUAAUUGAUAUUUAUAGAGAAUCCCUUGAGGCCGUUGAUGACCAACAGAAGCAACUGCUCGUCAAUAAAAUGGAAUGUCACUGCUUGCAAGAGAAAAAUGCCUUCUGGAAGGAUUACUGCAAGAAAGAAGAAAUUGUAUCAUCUCCGUUGAACAUGUUGAUGUUGAUGCCAUUUUUAAUGGCGUCCCAGAUAAAGAAAACUGCUGAAAAGCACCUGGAUGAAUUUAAAUUGUCACUUGAGGACAUUGAUAUCCAAGAGCAGGAGAUUUUUGUGGAUGAGCUGAAAUCAUACUUGAAGAAUAAGGAGGAGGAGUUUUGUAGAGAGUACUCCAACAUCUAUACCAAAACAUCAAUGCAGUUGUUCGCUAGUGGAGCUCUCAUAGGGUUCAUAGGCAAGAGCACAUUUGGAAAGGCGUCUAAUGGGCAAGACAGAUAUCUGGUUAAAACAGAAGAGCACCCUAAUAUUGAUGAACCCUUGAAAAGUAGGUGGCGGGAGGAAAGGAAUGAAUAUGGACAGCUUCAGUAUGCGAGCAGAGGAUGCCGUAGCUCGGCCAGGGGCAUCAAAGACAACCCGAAGUUCACGGAUGAAGGCACUGGCAUCGUCAAUCAAAUGAUCCUUGACGCCGGCGCCCGAUUUUGA